AUGGAGAAGAAAGCUAUUCACUUUGGCGGUGGCAACAUCGGCCGUGGCUUUGUGGCUGAGUUCCUCCACGCGGCUGGCUUCGAGGUUGUCUUCGUCGAUGUCAUGGACAGCAUCAUCAAUUCCCUGCAGACCACCAAGUCUUACCAGGUCACCGAAGUCAGUGACGAGGGAGAGUCAACAAAGACCAUCACCAACUACCGUGCCAUCAACUCCAAGACCCAUGAGGCCGAUGUCAUCAAGGAGAUCUCAACUGCCGACGUCGUGACUUGCGCCGUGGGUCCUAACAUCCUCAAGUUCAUUGCCCCUGUCAUUGCCAAGGGCAUCGAUGCCCGAAAGGGCCCCACACCUUUAGCCGUCAUUGCUUGUGAGAACGCCAUCGGCGCCACUGACACCCUGCACGGAUUCAUCAAGGAGAACACUGCCCAAGAUCGUCUGGAGUCUAUGCCAGACCGGGCCCGAUUUGCCAACUCCGCAAUCGACCGUAUUGUGCCCGCCCAGGCUGCUGACAGCGGUCUCAACGUCCGCAUCGAGAAGUUCUAUGAGUGGGCCGUGGAGUCGACGCCUUUCGGCGAACACGGACACCCCGACAUCCCAGCCAUCCACUGGGUCAGCAACCUCGAGCCCUACAUUGAGCGCAAGCUAUUCACCGUCAACACCGGCCACGCCACUGCAGCCUACUAUGGCUACAAUGCCGGCAAGAAAACCAUCGCUGAGGCUCUUCAUGACUCUCGCAUCCGCGACAUUGUUCGUGCAGUUCUCCAGGAGACUGCCUCCCUCAUCGUCGACAAGCACGAAAUCAGCGCUGCUGAGCAGCAGGAGUACGUCGAAACCAUUAUCGCCCGUAUCUCCAACCACUAUCUCGAGGACAGCGUGGAGCGCGUGGGUCGUGCCCCGAUGCGCAAACUCUCCCGCAAGGAACGGUUCAUCGGCCCUGCUGCGCAGCUGGCCGAGCGUGGAGGAAAGUUCGAGUCCCUGUUGGGCUCUGUCGAGAUGGCUCUGCGAUUCCAGAAUGUGGAAGGUGACGAUGAGAGCGUGGAAUUGGCCAAGGUUCUCAAGGAGAACUCGCCUGCCGACGCAACCGUCCAAUUAACCGGCUUGGACCGAGACCACCCUCUCUUCCCCCACGUGGUCAAGGUCGUUGACGGCGUACAAUCCGAAGCAAAGUAG